AUGCCACAAUUAGUACCUUUCUACUUUCUUAAUUUAUUAACUUUCGGUAUAUUAGCUAUUAGUAUAUUAUUAUACUUAGUUUCUACUAUUAUUUUACCUAAUAUUUUAAGAUUAUUAGUUGCUAGAACUCUUAUAACUAAAUUAUAA